ACGCUAUCAGGCGACGCGCACGGAUAUCCCAAGCUGGAGACGGAAAUGCCAGUGAAUUAGUGCUAUUUUAUUGAUAAGAAGUGUGCUCCAAUAAAAUAAUAAAACAAAAGGCAAAAAUAGAAUUUUCUAGCAAACUUUUUGUGCUUCGGCUGCGUAGAAGUGGCCUUGUGUUCCUCGUUUCUAUUCUGCGCCAUUUGUGGUAUUUCACAAUUUAAGCUAACAAAAAACCAUACAUAUAUAAUACUUUGCAUCAUUUGUGUCUAUGUAUUGCGUCGAAAUGUCAUUCCAGUGCGGCUUUUGUGAUAGUUGGUACUGAAGCCGUGGAAGUGUUGAAGUGUCUUCGGAAAAUACAAAUUUCUAGAACUAUUUAUCAAAAAGGAAGCAAAGGAAGCGUAUAAGCUCUCCCAUCACUUUGUCGCCCUUUCGCUUACAAGAAGUCGAUAUGCCGAAAUUUUUGAAUGGUCUCUACAAUAGCAGUGGCAUAACACCCGAACUUGUCGAGUCGCAACCCCAACUUCUAUCCGGUUCUUACAAAAAUAAGCGCCAACAGGGCAGGUUCUGGAUAUUCUCCAUGAUAAUCGAACGGGCAACCUCGGCGGGCAGUAAGCGGGCGGAGAUUGAGGACGUCGACACACCGCUCGAGUCCAUACUGAAGCCGGAGCCAAAUGAACAAGUUUGUCAGCUGCGAGAUAGUCCCUAUAGGAUAUUGAGGGCAGCAGAAUCAGGAAAUUUGGAUGAGUUUAAGCGACUUUAUCAGUCGGAUAAUGCACGUUUGUCGAUAAAGGAUAGCAAGGGGCGCACAGCAGCACAUCAGGCAGCGGCACGAAAUCGUGUGAAUAUUUUGCGUUACAUAAAUGAUCAGCGUGCAGAUCUCAACGCUAAGGACAAUGCGGGCAACACGCCGCUGCAUGUGGCAGUUGAGAAUAGUUCCUUCGACGCACUUAGCUAUCUACUGUCUAUCCCCGUCGAUACCGGCCUACUCAACGAGAAGAAACAGGCGCCAAUACAUCUCGCAACCGAACUGAAUAACGUGCAGGCACUACGAGUUAUGGGCAGAUACCGCAAGGAAAUCGAUAUAAAACAAGGCGGCGAACAUGGACGCACAGCUUUGCACUUGGCCGCCAUCUACGAUCAUGAGGAGUGCGCCCGAAUACUGAUAACCGAAUUCGAAGCAUGUCCCCGCACACCUUGCAACAACGGUUAUUAUCCCAUACACGAAGCGGCUAAGAAUGCCAGCUCCAGAACGAUGGAGGUCUUCUUGCAGUGGGGCGAGCAACGCGGCCGUCUGCGCGAGGAAAUGAUGUCCUUCUUCGACUCGGAGGGCAAUGUGCCGCUACACUCGGCUGUGCAUGGCGGCGAUAUCAAGGCGGUGGAGCUCUGCCUGAAAUCAGGCGCAAAAAUUUCUAAGCAGCAACAUGAUCGCUCUACGCCAGUGCAUUUGGCUUGCGCACAGGGUGCCAUCGAAAUCGUCAAACUUAUGUUCAGCAUGCAACCGUCGGAGAAGAUCACUUGCCUCAGCUGCACUGACGCUCAGAAGAUGACACCACUGCACUGCGCUGCCAUGUUUGACCACCCCGAUAUUGUCGAGUACUUGGUGAAGGAGGGCGCUGACAUUAAUGCGCUCGACAAAGAGCAUCGCUCACCGAUUUUGCUCGCCGCAUCGCGCAGUGGCUGGAAAACUGUACAUCUGCUAAUACGUCUCGGCGCUGGUAUUAAUGUCAAGGAUGCAUCUUCACGCAACGUCUUGCACUUUGUGAUCAUGAAUGGUGGCCGGUUGCCAGAGUUCGCCGAGGAAGUGAACAAGACCCAAUCACAUUCUCAACUAGUGCAGCUGCUCAACGAAAAAGAUGCCUCAGGCUGUUCGCCAUUACACUAUGCCAGUCGUGAUGGGCAUAUACGUUCGCUAGAGAAUCUAAUACGUCUCGGGGCUUGCAUUAAUCUCAAGAAUAACAAUAAUGAGAGUCCUUUGCAUUUUGCCGCACGUUAUGGACGCUUUAAUACCGUCAAACAGUUACUUGAUUCGGAGAAGGGUUCUUUCAUAAUCAACGAAAGUGAUGGCGAGGGUUUGACACCGCUACAUAUCGCCUCGCAGCAGGGUCACACACGUGUGGUGCAGUUACUGUUAAAUCGGGGCGCGCUCUUGCAUCGCGAUCAUAAUGGACGCAAUCCUUUGCAUUUGGCUGCGAUGUCCGGUUAUAUACAGACGAUUGAAUUGUUGCAUUCGGUGCAUUCACAUCUGCUCGAUCAGGUCGACAAGGAAGGCAAUACCGCACUUCACUUGGCCACAAUGGAGAAUAAACCGCACGCCAUCUCUGUGCUACUCUCAAUGGGCUGUAAACUCUUCUACAACAACAUCGACAUGAGCGCCAUCGAUUAUGCCAUCUAUUACAAAUAUCCCGAAUCAGCGUUGGCUAUGGUGACACAUGAGAAUCGCGCCAAUGAGGUGAUGGCAUUGCGUUCCGACAAGUAUCCCUGUGUUAUACUGGCACUAAUCGCGUCCAUGCCAAAGGUGUUCGAGGCUGUGCUGGAUAAGUGCAUAACAAAGGCGAAUUGCAAGCGUGAUUCCAAGAGUUUCUACAUAAAAUAUUCGUUUUCCUAUCUGCAAUGUCCUUUCAUGUUUGAUAAAUUGGAUGAGAAAACCGACGAAACGAUAGCUCAUUCGAAUUUGACACCAUUGCCGGCGCUAAAUACGAUGGUCACCCAUGGUCGUGUCGAGCUGCUCGCCCAUCCGCUGAGUCAAAAAUAUCUACAAAUGAAAUGGAAUUCUUACGGCAAAUAUUUUCAUCUCGUCAAUUUACUGAUCUACUCAAUUUUCCUGUUAUUUGUGACGAUUUUCUCCACGUUGAUGAUGAACGGCAUCGAAAUUCGUCCGUUAUUUUUAAAUGCGUCCAUGUUGGAUAAUGCAAAUGCAUCGGAGAGCAAUAAUGGCAAUUUAGACCUCCAAAAGAACCUCAGCAACAAUGAGUGGCCUGAAAACCCCGCCGGUGGAGGACGCGAACCAUUUGGAAUGAGAUACGGCGAGUCUUACGAGCGCCUACAACAUACCACCGCUUUGGUCAUUUGCGCCAUCGUAAUUGUCAUUUAUAUUGGCGGUUAUUCGCUGCGUGAGUUUCUCCAAAUGUACCAACAACGGCUGCACUACAUAUUCGAGAUUGACAAUUUAAUAUCAUGGGUCCUAUACAUAUCCGCAUUGAUCAUGGUGUGGCCAGUUUUCUUUUGCGAGGGCAACAUAUCGACGGUACACUACUCAGCGGCGGCGGUGGCGGUAUUCUUGUCGUGGUUUCGUCUAUUGCUUAUGCUCCAGCGCUUCGAUCAAGUUGGCAUUUAUGUGGUGAUGUUCUUGGAGAUUCUGCAAACUCUAAUAAAAGUGUUGAUUGUCUUUUCGAUUCUGAUCAUCGCUUUCGGCUUGGCAUUUUACAUACUCUUAUCGAAGUGUGGGAUCUAUGCUGUUUUACAGAUCAACGAUGCCCAACCGAAUCAUUUGUCCUUCUCGAACAUACCGAUGUCGCUGUUGCGCACCUUCUCCAUGAUGUUAGGCGAACUGGACUUUGUGGGCACCUAUGUUAACACCUACUACCGCGAUCAAUUGAAGGUGCCAAUAACGUCGUUCCUCAUUUUGUGUGUAUUCAUGAUUCUCAUGCCAAUUCUACUCAUGAAUCUACUCAUCGGUUUGGCGGUUGGCGACAUCGAGUCUGUACGUCGUAACGCCCAGCUCAAGCGUUUGGCUAUGCAGGUGGUCUUACAUACCGAACUGGAGCGCAAAUUACCUCAAAGUUGGCUACCGAAAGGCGACAAAGUCGAGUUGAUAGAGUAUCCAAAUAACACAAAGUGCAAACUCGGUUUUCUUGACUGUAUUCUACGCAAAUGGUUCUCAAAUCCCUUCAGCGAGGAUUCUUCAAUGGAUACGAUCUCAUUCGAGAACAACGAUGAUUUCAUCAACAAUGAAUUGGAGCGACAGCGUCGUAAAUUGCGUGACAUCUCACGUCUACUGGAUCAGCAGCAUCAACUCUUGCGCUUGAUCGUACAGAAAAUGGAAAUCAAAACCGAGGCGGACGAUGUGGACGAAGGUGUAUCGCCCUGCGAUCUAAAAGCUGUUUCAAUUUAUGGCACGGGACCGGCGCCAGGCUCACGUUGGACCUCGCCACGCAUACGCAAUCGGCUGCGUGCGGCGCUAAGCUUCAAUAAAAGCCUUUAUGAAUAGAAGCCGACGAGGCACAGAAAAAUGUGAAAUGAAAAAUGAUAGCAUUAACUUGUUGUUUCUAGGAUAGAGAUGAGAUUGUUUGUUAACACUGACACCAAAUAGCACACUUUAGAGAAUGCUGCAAGUGUUAGAAUGCAUAUUUAUCAUAUGAAUUAUAUAAUUUCAUAUUGUACACUACUGUUGUAUGAGCCUGUUCAGGAAAAGUGUAUGUCAAGAAUGAAUCCUAACCUCAAAGUUCGCACUCUCCAGAUAUGGAAUAUCUAUUAAUUCAUGUACUUUUAUACCAUAAUGUUUUUGUUGUUAUAGGAGUUGCUUACAAGCGUAUAAAACAUAAUUUAAAUGAAGCUUGAGCGCAAUAUGCGGCGCUUAUGCCUUCUGUAACCACAGAACUUUCACUUUUGUGAAAAAAUUAUAAUUUUUUUUAGUCUACUUUAUCUGAGAUCGCAUUCUUGUAGUUGUAGUGGCAGCAUAAACAUAAUAUUGUAGAAUACUACCGCGUUAACAGUCUUUAGCCGAAUGAAAAACCGGGUCCUUUUGAUUUCAUAGAAACGACUGUCGUUGGAACGGUCUGAAAUCUGAUCUUAAAGAAUGGUUUUCUGAUUUUUUUUUUUGGAAUUUGAGCUGUUCUAGUAUCGUGAGUAAGCUGUUUUAUAUUUAAUUUGCUUUCUCGAUAAGUAAUAAUCCGGGUUAUACCAGAAAUAAUGUUCCCUGUCGACGUUCUUUAAUGUAAAACGUCUGAGGUAUUUUGCGAAAUGUUAUUGUUUUUGUUGUAGCGGUUAUAUAUUAUAUAGACGCAAUUCAAAAAGUGUUAAAUCGAAAUAUAUUAGCCGGACAAAAUCCGAAAUCCGUUUCAGAUCGAAAAAAUCAAUAGUUAUUUCCUAGUACCGAGUUCAAAAAUUUAUAAUAAAAAAAUUAAAAAAGAAAUAGUUUUAGAAUUUACAUUUUUUCACGCUUGCCUCCUUCAUGUUCUACCAUUUUGAACUAGAGCUCGUACAGAGCCAUCAUAUUCAAUACUCUACAGCAGUGAUAAUUUAUAUUUCAACAAUUUUUAAUAGCAAAUUAAAAAAUGUUCAGUACCAAAUAACUCGAUUUUCAAUUUUUAGUUCCAAUUUUGCGAAAUUAAAUUCUAAAACCAAAAUUUUUUACUUAAAAAAUCUCCAAACUUUUAUUGAAGGUCUUCUUCACUGAACAGGCUCAUUGAUAGUAGAUACAUACUUACACACGUAUAUACAUAACACAUCUGUACGUAUUAUUAGCACCUUUUUUUGAAAAUGUUCUCACACAUCUACAUAGCCGAGUUCGUGCAUUUCUAGAGGUCUAGGAAUUGUUCUAAGAUGCUUCUUAAACCACCCCACCUUUUGUUAUUUAUACAUAAAAAGGCACUCAUAAACGUUAUUUGUCUAUACAUAUAUACAAACAUAUAUACAUACAUAUGUAUAGUAUAUAGUAUAAGAGAAAAUAUGAAGGGAAGUUUUGUAUGAGAAAGAAGUAGGUACUUACACACAGCAAACACAGGGGACUACAGGUAUACAAUGAAAUAAAGGCGGCUGCCGGAAAGACGAAUUUAUAAUUCUAUCUAGAAUAGACUAAUAAAAUAGCAAAAUGAUUGAAACAACUAAAAGUAAAAAAAAAAAAUAUUCAAAGGAAAUGUUAAUGUUUGUAUGUACUGCAAAUUGUUUUGUGAUAAAUGUUUAAAAAUUGAUUUACACGAAAAUAUAUUAAUAUUUUUAAACACGGUACAUGCAUAAAUCAAACCACAGGUUUAACCUAAUAUGUUAUGUGUAUGUAUUUAUGUUUUAACUAUUGUUGCUGUAUUUAUAAAACUACAAUUUAAGCAGUAUACAUAUAUGUACAUAUGUAUGCUUGAAUUUCGCAUAGGAAAACUGUGUUGUAUCAGAUGCACAAGAAAAAGUGAAAGCAAGUUUUUGAAAACAUACAUAUUUUUGCUGGAACAAACCUUGAACAGGUUUAACAUUUUAAAUAAAUUAUAAUAGAAUAUUUGUUUAAAUAAAAAUGAUUGUAAAAUUGAUGUUGGAAAUAUAAACAUACCUGAACUGAGA